UUUGGUACUAACAUACGCCGUUGUUCCUUCGCCAACCAUGAACGCACCACCCACCUUCGAAUCUUUCCUUCUGUACGAAGGAGAGAAAAAGAUCAUCAAAGAACUGGACAUGAAAGUACCGAAUGCAGCGAUAUUUACCGUCAACAAGGAAGACCACACGUUAGGAAACAUGAUCCGCAAUCAACUGCUGAAGGAUCCGAACGUGUUGUUCGCUGGCUACAAACUUCCCCAUCCGCUGGAGCACAAGUUCGUACUGCGCAUCCAAACGACGUCGGAAUAUUCCCCUCACGAAGCGUUCAUGAACGCCAUCACCGAUCUGCUAUCCGAGCUGUCCCUGUUCGAGGAACGGUUCCGUGAAGCGAUGAAGGAAAAGAAGGAGGGUGGCGAUUAGGGCGGAAGAAACG